UGUGAGGAAGCAAAAGCAUGCAAUAAAUAACCAAAACACUAAUAGAGCCUAGAAUUAGAGGGUGAUUUUCUGGUAGUCUUGUCCGAAGAAGCUGAGUGAUGGCGACUAGUGAAGAUGAAGAGAAGCAGAACGUAGCAGAUCUCAGCAAAACCCUAAAAGAAGGAGAAAGGAUUCUCGCCCCGACCCGACGACCCGAUGGGACCCUCCGAAAGCCUAUUCGCAUCAGAGCCGGCUAUGUCCCUCAAGAAGAAGUCGCUAUUUAUCAACCCAAACCUGCCCUCUUGAGAAAGGAGUUGGCUUCACACGCUGGUCCUCCAGGUUAUGACCCUGAAUUGGAUCCAAAACCAAAAACCAAAGCGGUUAAGAGGAAUGAAAGAAAGAAGGAGAAGCGGCUUCAGGCUUCUCUUGAAAAGGAAAAGAGCUCAGAACCAAGUGUAGCUGAAGAUAGUCAAAGCCAAGAAGCAGAAAUAGUCGAGAGUUCAGAUCACACAUCAGAAUCUGUCCAUUCAUUAGCCUCUCAAAUGAAUGAACUGGCUGUUUCUGGAAAUUCCUCCAUUGUUACUCCUGAUGCCGACUCUGUCGAAGGUUCAGAGCCAAUUGGGUCAGGUCAAGAUAUAGAAAAAAGAAUUCGAGCACUGAAAAAGAAGAUUCGACUUACAGAAGCCCUACAGCAGAAAACCGCAGGGCAAGAUAUGAAGCCAGAGCAGUUAGAGAAGCUAGCAAAACUGGAAGAUUGGCGUAAGGAGCUAAAACUAUUGGAGGAUAAAAAGGCUGAAGCACCGGCAGCAUGAAUAAAGCUUUAGAAUUAGCAUGAUAAGAAUGUCUAGUUCUUGAUGAUGCUUUGUUGACAGGAUAUGGACUCAACCAGUAAAUCUACCGAAAAUUUUCUUUUCAUAAUCUCAUUUUUGCAUGCAUUUCGUCGGAAUAUUUUAGUAAAUAUCCUAUUGUACUGAAGAAAAAGUUGAUAACUGAGCUUUAUGAUUACUUCAAAAUUUUGAAUACUUA